ACCUGUUUGUUGUUGAGUGGCAUCGUGUUUUUAUGUUAUUUUGUUGUUAUUGCGUUCAAAUUGUGUUAAGUUUCAGUGUUGUACUUUAAAUAAGUUACUGUUAAGCUUAAUUUAUAAUGAGUUCCCCGGCCCCAGACACGCCGUCAGACCGAGAUGGAGCGCGAUCGCGCAUGACUUCACCGGCGCGCGACUAUGAGAUGUUCGAGGAUGAGAGCGCCAUCCUUGGAGACAACCCGCUGGAGGAGGAAGAGGAAGAUGGAGAGGAGCUGUUCAAUGAUAACAUGGAGGCAGACUACCGCCCCAUGCCAGGCUUGGAUCGCUAUGAUGCUGCAGACCUGGAUGAUGACAACUAUGACCCCAUGUCUAUUGAAGACCGAAGGGCGGCUGAACAAGAGCUCAGACGCAGGGACAGAGAGGAAGGCAGGAGGCGGGAUGACCAGGGCCUGCUUUAUGAUGAAUCAGAUGAAGAAGAUGGUGAUGCCCCAAGGGCCAAGCGUCGCCGGGCUGCCGAAAAGGCCGCAGCUGGCACUGAAGAACAAGUGGAAGAGGGCAUUGAGAGUAUCGAGAACUUGGAAGAUACUAAGGGGUACACCACCAAGGAGUGGGUGUCUAUGUUGGGGCCUAGGACUGAAAUUGCUAACAGAUUCAAGAACUUCCUCCGCACAUUCACGAACAGCAAGGGCCAGUAUGUGUAUAAGGAGCGCAUACGGCGUAUGUGCGAGCACAAUCAGGCCUCCUUCCAUGUGGAGUUUGAUGUUCUUGCUCGGCGCGAGCAGGUCCUCGCUUACUUCUUGCCUGAAGCCCCGUUCCAGAUGCUACAGAUCUUCGAUGAAGUAGCCAAAGAUGUAGUACUGCAAAUGUUCCCCAGCUACGAGCGAGUGACUUCAGAGAUCCACGUGCGGAUAUCCGAUUUGCCGCUCAUUGAGGAACUCCGAACCUUCCGCAAGCUCCACUUAAACCAGCUAGUUCGAACCGUAGGCGUGAUCACAGCCACUACAGGAGUACUGCCACAGUUGUCAGUCGUGAAGUAUGACUGUAACCGGUGUGGGUAUAUCCUGGGGCCGUUCGUGCAGUCACAGAACUCGGAAGUGAAGCCAGGGUCUUGUCCUGAGUGUCAGAGCGCUGGGCCUUUCAUGGUGAACAUGGAGCAAACAGUAUACAGAAACUACCAGAAGGUCACCAUCCAGGAGUCUCCCGGGCGCAUCCCAGCCGGUCGCAUCCCGCGCUCCAAGGACUGCGUGCUGCUGGCGGAUCUGUGCGACCGCUGCAAGCCCGGUGAUGAAGUGGACCUGACUGGCAUUUAUACUAAUAACUAUGAUGGAUCGCUCAACACUGAACAGGGUUUCCCAGUAUUCGCAACAGUAAUCAUCGCCAACUACAUAGUAGUGAAGGACUGCAAGCACAUCGUAGAUUCACUCACCGACGAAGACGUCGCUAAUAUCGUCAAGUUGUCCAAGGACCCUCGUAUCGGCGAACGUAUUGUGCAGAGCAUGGCGCCGAGUAUCUACGGACACGAUUACAUCAAGAGGGGACUGGCGCUGGCGCUGUUUGGUGGCGAAUCUAAGAACCCAGGUGAAAAGCACAAAGUGAGAGGAGACAUCAAUGUUUUGAUCUGCGGUGACCCUGGUACAGCUAAAUCUCAGUUCCUCAAGUACACAGAAAAGAUUGCUCCUAGAGCCGUGUUUACCACUGGCCAAGGUGCCAGUGCUGUUGGUUUGACCGCUUAUGUGAGGAAAAACCCUACAACAAGGGACUGGACACUAGAAGCUGGAGCGUUAGUACUAGCGGACCGCGGCGUGUGUCUCAUCGACGAGUUCGACAAGAUGAACGAUCAGGACCGAACUUCCAUCCAUGAGGCUAUGGAACAGCAGUCCAUCUCUAUCUCAAAAGCUGGCAUUGUCACUUCCCUGCAUGCCAGGUGCUCAGUAAUAGCAGCAGCCAAUCCGAUCGGCGGGCGUUACGACGCGUCCCUAACGUUCUCCGAAAACGUGAACCUGUCUGAACCCAUCCUGUCGCGUUUCGACGUGCUGUGCGUAGUACGGGACGAACCCGAGCCUAUGCGUGACGCGCACCUUGCCAAAUUCGUAGUAUCGUCCCACAUUCGCCACCACCCAACGCAGCGCGGCCAGGCAAUCGAAGAGACUGAGGUCGCCGACCCGGAGUUCGCGCUGCCGCAAGACUUGCUCAAGAAAUACAUCGUCUAUGCUAGGGAGAACGUGCGCCCUAAACUACAGAACAUGGAUCAAGACAAAGUGGCAAAGAUGUACAGUCAACUGCGUCAGGAAUCCCUCGCCACCGGCAGCUUACCCAUCACCGUCAGACAUAUUGAAUCUGUGAUCCGCAUGAGCGAAGCGCACGCUCGCAUGCACCUGCGCGCGCAAGUCAACGAGGAGGACGUCAACAUGGCCAUCCGCACCAUGCUGGAGAGCUUCGUCGACACGCAGAAAUACAGCGUCAUGCGCGCCAUGCGACAGACAUUCCAAAAAUACCUCUCCUACAAGAAGGACCACAGCGAGCUCCUCUACUACAUCCUCCGACAACUCACAAUGGACCAACUGGCUUAUAUGCGUGGUCUCCACAAUCACUCUCAGUCCACCAUCGAGAUAUCAGAGCGAGACCUCAUUGAGAGAGCGAGACAGAUCAAUAUCACAGACCUGAAGCCGUUCUAUGAUAGCCGUAUCUUCAAGAUGAACAGUUUCAGCUACGAUCAGAAAAGGAAGGUGAUUAUACAUACGCUGCCUGAAGCGCCUGCUGAAGCUUAGUUUUCCACUGUUUGGAUGGCUUUAAAUUCUUUAAAACUCUAACAACACACAAGAAAGUUUAGUCAAUAAUUUACCGUGCUGUCCUAUAGCAUGAACAGAAAUUACGCGCCAUGUUACGGAAUUGAACUGUCAACGCAUACAUUAGAAUAACAGCGCCCUCUUGACAGUCAUAUAUUUCUGGUCAGGGUUUACUUGCGUGGUCUCAACCAUUCUCGGUCCACUAUUGAGAUAUCAGAGCGGGACCUCAUUGAGAGAGCGAGACGGAUCAAUAUCACGGAUCUAAAGCCGUUCUACGACAGCCGUAUCUUCAAGAUGAACAGUUUCAGCUGCGAUCAGAAGAGGACGGUUAACUUUGUAUGGUAAAAUCGGAAAGCAUUUUAUGAAGUUUUUUGAGAAUUCAUCAACAAAACGUGCUAAGUUGUUUACACAAGUUUUCUUACGUUAUUUAGUAAAAAAUCGAACCAAAAAGGGAAAUUAACUAAAGUUUGCUUUCUUGAUGCUACAAUAUUAUUACAUCACAUUAAAAAUCUGUUUGUUAGUCGAUAAUGUGUAUUAUGGAUCGUAAUUAUUGUUUUAAAACUUUUGAACAUGUUCUCUAUUCAUCACAUAUUAUUCCCGUGUAAUAAAAGUUAUUCUUAUAAAUGAUCAAUGUAAUUAAGUACAAGUAAUUUUCAUGUUAUAUGUUCACUUAUGCAGGACAUAAUUAGUAGAACAACCCACCUCAGUAUGUUUAGAUGUUAAGGUUGUAUUUUAAAAUAAGAUAGUUGUAAGCGCCUUACUUUAUAGUACAAACCGAAUCUGUUCUUUUACUUUUUGACCUUUUUUUUCCAAUAAACAGUUUUGUAUAAUGUUUUUGUUUGCAAUAUACCUCUAAAGACUAAGGCCACUCUUUACUGAAAAAUAAUCAAAUGGUGAAGUUAUUCUUGCAGACUGUCAGGUGGAGGGUUAGGUCCGGCGCCCAUUAUCGGCACGGCAUCGCAUGGCACGAAUGCCAAGGUACUCCUCGGUAGCGUAAAGCAUACCUUGUAACACCUCGGCAUGCCUCGGAAUCGUAAGGCAUAUUUAAGGACGCCUCGGCUUUGUUAGUGUAAGGCACACCUUAACAACACCUCGGAAUUCCUGAGAAUUCUUCGGCAUCGUAAGACAUACCUAAGAUCGCCUCGGCAUAACCCGGAAGUCUUCGGUAGCGGAAGGUAUACCUAAAAUGCCAGAUGUAACCCUCGGCUACCUUCGCGAGCUUCGAAGCGGGAAAUUCGCGACACGCUCGCCGCCGUUUGCGUUUGUUUGAUUUGAGACAGAGUUCCUCGGCAUCCCUGAGAAUUCAUCGGUAAUCCUAAGCAGACUUCGGCAUGCUCGAAAACUCCUCGGCAAUAGUUGCGGUCAGUGUGCGUCUAAGCGUGGGUAUGCCAAGGGAUCUCUUGUCAUGCCGCGCCGAUGUGGGCGCCGGGCCUAAGAUCGCUGUUUGGUUCUAGCCUCUUCAUAAUCUCCUCAAGAGUUGGAUAUACACGUUGUACAAGUGAAACCACAUAAUAUCAUCCAUCAAUUAUUUAAUUUACUUUUUUUAUCAAAAUUCAUGAGUGACUAUAGAAACAAAUUAAAAUGUAUUUGUAAUGUUAACUUGAAGACAUUUAUUUGAUCAUACAAGUC